AUGGUCCGCAAAUGCGGUGCCUCGAACGAAGAAACAGCGUUGCCAGAAGACUUGCAUAGUGUCGUCCAUUCGAGCGUCGACCUUUCCUUGGAAGCGGCCCGAUCGACGCUGAGGUUUCUGCGGUUUCCACUCAGAGUAUCUCUGGAGGCGUUUCUAUAUGUCCAGUCGUACGCCCCGGCAGCGGCCAUGGCACUCUUUAUCAACGUCAUGGUUCACCCGGAUGGCGACAGCUCGCAGACAGACUUGGAAACACUGAUCCAAGCUGUCGGUACCUUCCAAUCGAUUCCCCUCGAAUCGCUUUCCUCCACCGAAACUCAGGAAAUCCAGAUGCUGAAUGAAUAUAUCAUGGAACUGGUGCGGCUGGCAAGCUGUGCCAUUUGGAAGGACAAGAUGGCCAAGACUGAGAGCAAUUGA